CCCGGGAAGAAACAACUGGAUUUUGCCAAGAGUGCUCCAUAAACAGGAAAAUAAAAAGGAAAAAAAGGAACAUUCAAUGGCACAUCUCGCGACGUCUGCGUUGGAUAGCAGCUAAGUGACAAAGGACAGCAUCUUCAAGUUUACUUAGCCAGAACAAGUGCUGAAGUUUUCAAAGGAAAUGCGAUUUAUAAGAACUUAAAACCUAAAAGGCAUGACACAAAGGGCUCUCGGAAAAUAGUCUGACGGGCAGAUCCUUGUGUAAUGCGCUUCAGGGUGUAGACAGGUUUGGAUUAUUAUGAGGCGCCAUGGCGUGGUGUGAUCGCGGGGUUCAGAUGCUACUGACCACCGUGGGGGCUUUCGCGGCGUUCAGUCUGAUGACAAUCGCAAUUGGUACGGACUACUGGCUUUAUUCACGGGCGUACAUAUGCAACGCCACCAACAUCACUACGGACGAAACUCAGACGCAACCUAAGAAAACUAAGGGCGAUCUCACCCACUCCGGGCUGUGGAGAAUCUGUUGUAUUGAAGGUAUGAACAAAGGAAGCUGUUACCGGAUCAAUCAUUUCCCUGAGGACAACGACUAUGACACCGACAGCUCAGAGUACCUGCUACGUAUCGUCCGAGCCUCCAGCGUGUUCCCCAUCCUCAGCACCAUCCUGCUGCUGCUGGGCGGGCUGUGCGUGGGGGCGGGCCGCAUCUACAGCAGCAAGAACAACAUCCUGCUCAGCGCCGGCAUCCUGUUCGUCGCGGCAGGUCUGAGCAACAUCAUCGGCAUCAUCGUCUACAUCUCCAGCAACGCGGGCGACCCGAGCGACAAGAAGGACGAGGACAAGAAGAACCAGUACAACUACGGCUGGUCCUUCUACUUCGGGGCGCUGUCCUUCAUCGUGGCCGAGUCUAUUGGCGUGCUGGCCGUCAACAUCUACAUCGAGAAAAACAAGGAGAUGCGCUUCAAGGCGCGGCGGGAGUUCAUCAAGACUACCUCCUCCUCCUCCCCCUACUCCCGCAUGCCCAGCUACCGCUACCGGCGACGGCGUUCGCGCUCCAGCUCCCGCUCCACGGACCCUUCCCGAGAGACCUCCCCCGUGGGGCUCAAGAUGGUCAGCUCCAUGCCCAUGGGGGAGAUAUCCAUGUACACCCUCACCAGGGACCCGCUCAAGUCCAGCACGGCGGCCUCCUACAGCCCGGACCAUGACUCUGGCUUCCUGCAGGUCCAUAACUGCUUCCCUAAAGACCUCAAGGACGGCAUCAACAGGAGAACGACUCCGGUAUGA